CGCGAAAAGUGUCGGCUGUGAGUAAUAAUACAAUUACAAUAAUAUAUAUAAUAAAUUUAGUGGAAGCUGGAAGGUGAGAAUUAAUGAAAGUGUGGGUUGCUAUUAAAAUAACGACAAUUAUUCACUGUUUAAUUAUUGGGAUUAUCUUUUCCGUUUUUCUUUUUCAAGUUGAAGCAGUUAAAAUGAUAGAUUUGCCAAUUUCAAAAGAACUCAAAGACGAAAUUCAAGUUAAUCAAAAUCUGUUGAAAAAUGCGAUUCGUAAUCAUCAGACUUUAAUUUAUAAACUUCAAGAAGAACCAGAAAAUGUGGAAAUACAAAAAAGAAUUCAAUGUCUUCAGCAGGAAAUUGUUACUGUAGGAUUAGAACAGAAAGGCAUAAUAGAGCGUAUAAGAAAAGAACUAAAGUCUUAUGAAAAAAAUAUUCAAGAAAACAAUGUUACUGCUGCUCUUGAAGAGAAACGAAACAAUUUAACAAAUGCUUUGGGUAGAGCAAGGAAGCAAACAAUAAAUGUUAGACCAGUUUCUGCUGCUUCAUUUAGUGGUUCUGAUGAUUCCUCAGAACUUCCUGUGUAUCGUUCAUUAUCUCCUGAAGUUGUUUUUAAUCCCCUUAAACCUCAAGACUUAGGUCAAAACAAAUUUUUGCAUUAUUAUGGUCUGUGUACCCAUGAAAUAUACAAGGAACUGGUUAAUAAGAGAGCUGAACGAAAAAGAAGAAGUACAGCUAAUCCUCAGUUUUUGUAUGGGGGUAAAGGAUGGGAUUCAUCUUCAGAUUUUUUAAAUGUAAUUGUAUUAUCUUUAUCGCCACCAAAUACUCGUCAGGCUGUAAAGAAUAGAAAUAAGUUAGAAAGGAGUUUGUCUUCUCCUGGAAGGGGUGACUCGCCUCCGGAUAGUCCAAUUGAGACGUCAAAGAAGCUGCCUCCGUCGUUUCCAAGUAUUCCAAAUCUUCCUAGUGGCCUUACCAUCGAAAGGGUGAAUCCAAAUAGAUCAUCGCCAGAAGAAAAACAUUGCAUCGUUUGCCGCUCGUCAGGAAAUCUAUCUACUUGUGAAACGUGCACGGGCUUCUUCCAUAUUAGUUGUCAUAAUCGUCCAUUGGUGCAGACACCUCGUCAGUGCCCUCGAUGCAUAACGAACAAAGAUGUUCGCACCGUGGGUUCUCUCAAUGUUCCCUCCGUUGAUGAAAAACUUCAAGAAAAGGAGAAGCUAUAUGAAAAGAACCGCCAAUUGGCAGCUGAACUGACCCAGUUACAAGACCGUCAUUCGCAACUGACCAUUUCACUUAGGGAUCAAAAGAAUAAACAGGAUCAACUAAUGGACACGCACCAUUGUACCAAGACGAAAAUUAAGACAAUCUUGGAUUUCAUUAAUAGCGUCAAGUCCCGUUCUUAUGCUAAUUCCGAGGCUGUUGACAAGGAUGUUAGCAGCACUACAGAAGUGUAGCUACUUCUUUUAGUAGUACUUGUGAAAUAGUAGGUUUUUUCAUGUUUUGUUAGUUGUUAGAUCCCACAAGUUAGUUUAUAGCAAAUACAGUUACAUUAGACUAAAACAAUUGUUCUUUGAAAUCGAAUUUAUGUAGGUAAUUAAAAAUGUUGUAUUUACUAUUGCUAAUUUUUUUCUUACGUGAAUAAGAAAAUUUGCAGGGACAAGGAUUUUUUAAAUGUAAUUGUAGAGGUG